AUGACAUCUGCAAGUUUCUUUGCCAUCUUUGCCUUAAUUGGUAUUAUCAGUGGUGCUCCAAGUAGUUCUGGUUCAGGCAAUGUUGUCUAUGAAGUACCAAUACCUCGUGGACAAACCAAACAAGAUUACUUCAAAUCGGUUGCUGAUUAUUGGACACCUGAACGUAUGGCCUCAGCUAUACCAAUGCAUCCAAUUCUUACUACCAAGGAAGUAACUCCUUUUGUGAAUGUUGAUGAAAACCGUGGAGUUGAACGUGUCUUGACAGAAGGUGUUGAAGCUCCUAAUGCACGUGCAGAAAAUGAUCCUAGUGCUGCUGGUCGAAUUUUCUUUUCAAUGAACAAACUUAACUAUGUUUGUUCUGGUUCAUGCACAACUGCCAAUAACCGCGCAUCAGUAAUUACAGCAGGUCAUUGCGUCUUUAAUAACACAGGUAAAAUAUGGGCUGAAAAUUUGGUAUAUGUACCUAAUUAUCAUCAAACUGCGGCUCCACAUGGCAAAUUUGUUGCCCGUAAAAUGGCAACAAAACAGUUAUGGAAAGACAAAGGUGAUUACAAUCACGAUGUCGCAAUAGUAACAAUGAACGCCAAUGACGAAGGUACACUUCUUCAAGAUAAGGCAGGUUCUUUUGGUAUAGUACUCGAUGCCGCUAAAGCCGGAGCUACAAAUUGUUAUGGUUUCCCAAUGAAUAUUGGUAGUGGCGAGUUCAUGAGCAAUUGUAUUGGUAACACAAGAGCUGCAAGUAUUCUCUUUUUAUCCAGUUUCAAGGGUAUCCAAAUACAAUGUGGUAUGGGUGGUGGUGCAUCUGGAGGUCCAUGGCUUCGUAAUUAUAACAGCGGUACUAAAAUAGGUCACCAAUGUUCAUUAACAAGCUUUGGACAUUCCUUUGCACCUGGCUAUGUUAAUGGUCCAGCUUUCACUCACGACAAUAUUGGUUCACUCCAUGCAGAAACCCAAAAUGCAUAA